AACACUGCUCAGCCAGUUUGCUCGGGAACGUCAACGGCAUAACAUCUUUCAUCUGACAGCGAUCUCAACUUAUUUUGCUCGGUAACUGCUGGAGAAAGUGAGCGUAUUGGUUCGUUGCUCCGGAAAUCUUUAUUGUACCCAAGUUCAUCUGAUAUGAAGAUGGGGCACACGCUGAAUUGGGUUUGGAUCUUGCCGUUGACAUGUUUCUGCAACCUUCUUCUCAUCCAGGCAAAAAAUGGAGUUUCAGAGAUGAACCUCCUCGACCUGUUCCCAAUCAAGACCCAAGGAGUUUCUGGUGUUUCUGUUGUACUGGACGAUGGCUCGAGCUUAUUUGGUGACUCAUAUGAGUUUGACGGCCGCCUUCAAUAUAACUCGCUUAUCGCAGAUGAGGUCCAUCUGAAAACCCUGGCACAAGAAUUGCGACAUCAAGACGAUGUGUAUUUUGUGGCGCGGGUAAAGCUUACUUCAGGUGUACAGAGCGUUUUAACUGGAGUCUACUCCAUAAACAGCAUACAUCCUUGCAUAGAGAUCAUGUUUGAUGGAACUCGCGAAGCAGGUGGCAAAGUAAAAUUCAGUUACAUGGUAGGAGAUAACAGUCGCACCCUAGAGUUUCCAAGUGUCAAAACGAUGGACGGAAGUUGGCACACAGUUAUCGUUCACCUGAGUAAGCUGCAAGAGUCCAAGAACGAGAUUACUCUUUACAUCGACUGUGACCCCGUCGGCAAACCACAAGUGAUAACAAGCCGGUUGGGGAGAGCAUUUAACAAGAAAGCCUUGAAUCUGGCGCAGUUGAGGGUCGGACAGAGUGGACUCAUCACCUCACCAAAACCUCUUCUGGGCAGAGUUCAAAAUGUCAAGGUUUUGUUUGGAGGUUCUUUGGAGGAAGCAUUAGGAUCAAUGGGUUGCCAGCCACUAGAUGAACGAGAAAGGGAGGGUGUUGCUUCGGGAACGUUGGUCCUCAUGGAUUCCAUGAGUUCUCUUGUUGAUGCCAUCUACGUAUUACAAAAUGAACUCAGCGAACAGACAAAAGAAAUUGCUCGUCUUCGUGGAGUGAUGCAAAGAUGCUCCAUGUGUCGUGAGAACACAACUAUUCCUCCUGAGAAAUACGAGCGAUGUGGGUCGAGUCCUUGCUUUCCCACAGUCAGGUGCACCGACACACCCACUGGCUACUUGUGUGGACCAUGUCCAGACGGUUUCCAAGGCAAUGGAACCCAUUGCACCGACAUAAAUGAGUGUUUGCUCGCCAGCCCCUGCUCACCUGCUGCCAAUUGUGUUAAUCUUGUACCCGGAUUCAGAUGCACACCAUGCCCGAGUGGCUUCACUGGAGUAGGAAUUGAUGGUGUUGGCUUAGCAGCAGCCAGGCGAACUAGACAGAUUUGCCGAGACAUCAACGAAUGCAACAUCAACAAUGGGCAGUGUGUUGCCAAUUCUCGGUGCAUAAACACGCAAGGAUCGUACAUCUGUGGUGAGUGUUUAGAAGGUUUCCGUGGUAACCAGACUGUUGGAUGCACAAGGCCCCGAUUGUGUCCUGAUGGUACAACCUUUUCCUGCCACGAGCACGCAGAAUGCAAGAUAAAAAGAAAUGGCCAGUAUUAUUGUGAGUGCGACAUUGGAUGGGCUGGCAAUGGUUACGUCUGUGGUAUCGAUACAGAUAUAGAUGGAUAUCCUGAUGUGAAACAACCGUGUAUGGACAAACAUUGCAUGAAGGACAACUGCGUGAGAAUCCCAAAUAGCGGCCAAGAAGAUGUGGACGGUGACGGAAUCGGCGACAUAUGUGACUCAGAUGCAGAUGGUGACGGAGUGCUCAACUUACCAGACAACUGUCCUUUGGUAGGUAAUCCAAAGCAAGAAGAAGGGGAGGACUUUGACAAAAUUGGCACCCAGUGUGACAACUGCCCGAGAGUGUUUAACCCCAAACAGAUCGACACAGACAGGGAUGGAGUAGGUGAUGCUUGUGAUGACGAUAUCGACAAUGACGGUGUAAUCAAUGUUGUUGAUAACUGCGUCUACAAACAGAAUCCAUAUCAAUGGGAUACAGACGAUGAUGGAUGGGGAGAUGAAUGCGAUAAUUGCCGUUACAUCUUCAAUCCCAGUCAGAGUGACAAAGAUGAUGAUUUGCUUGGAGAUGAAUGCGAUACAAACAUUGACACGGACGGUGAUGGCAUACAAGACAAUGAAGAUAACUGCCCAUACGUAGCCAACAACCCACAGCUUGACACUGAUCGAGAUGGCCUGGGGGAUGCGUGCGAUGAAGAUGAUGACAACGACCGUGUUCCAGAUGUUACAGAUAACUGUCGUCUUGUAUUCAACCCAGAUCAAGCAGAUUCCAAUGGGGACGGCGUAGGCGAUGUAUGUGACACUGACUUUGACACUGAUGGCGUCCCUGAUGAUGAAGACUCCUGCCCAGAGGACUCGGCCAUACAACGUACUGACUUUAGAUCCUUCCAAACCAUUGUACUUGACCCUGAGGGUGACUCGCAAGUCGAUCCCAAGUGGGUUGUGUUUGAUGAGGGUAAGCAAAUAAUGCAGACUAUUAACAGCGACCCAGGCCUUGCAGUUUCCUACCAGGCAUUUGAUGGUGUGGACUUCGAGGGAACCUUCUUUGUCAACACCAAUACAGAUGAUGAUUAUGCGGGCUUUGUGUUUGGCUACCAAGAUUCGGCAAGUUUCUACACUUUGAUGUGGAAGCAAGGUUUGCAGACAUAUUGGGAAGCCACACCAUUCAGAGCCGUUGCAGAGCCAGGAUUUCAACUUAAGGUGGUCAAGUCUGAAACUGGACCAGGUGAGAUGAUGCGAAAUGCACUGUGGCAUACAGGGAACACGACCAACCAGGUAACACUCCUUUGGCAGGAUCCUCUGAAGGACGGUUGGAAAGACAACCAGGCCUAUCGUUGGUUUGUGCAGCACAGACCCUCUAUCGGUCUCAUAAGGGUGCGUCUGUAUGAAGGAGAUGCCUUAGUAGCAGAUUCGGGUUAUCUGAUUGAUACCACACUGCGGGGAGGGCGCCUUGGUCUGUUUUGCUUCUCACAGGAAAGCAUUAUUUGGGCAAGGUUGUCUUAUAAAUGCAACAAGGAGAUUCCAGCAGAUUUCAGAGCGCAAGGCUGAUGAGACUACAGCGGAUGAUCCAGCUCAUGUAUCAUAGCAUGAAAGGAAAAGACUUACAAAUGGAAAAAAAAAGUUUGACCAUACAGCAUCCAAAUCUAACUUUGACGUGGAGCUCGUGUAAUGGCACUGUGUAUCAUGGGUGAAUUCACCAAUGAAAGUCUUUCCACGUUCUGUUUUCAAAAUAAACUGCUGAAAAUGAGCCUUUUUAUUUCGAUUGUGCACCAGCGUAAUGUAAAUUCAUAACAGAUCUCCAAAAUCAUCCAAAAGGUUUACAUUUUAAAAUGCAGUUGCAUCUUUAACAACCAUUAAGCUGUAAUGAUUAGACCAGCAACUCUGUACUCCAAAAAAGACCGAAAAAAGAAAAAAAAGACUAUUUGACAUCUCUCUUUGGUUAUUCUAAUUGAAAACGCACCUUUUUAAAUAUUUGGAUAUUUUCCAUACGUCUCCUGAAAAAUGAUGGCGUUGUUGGCAAAUACAAAACUUGCUCAUUGAAAAUAUUUGUAGGAAACUUGCUAUUGUCCUACUCUCAUGAACUAUAACGACAAUGAAUGAAAACGUAAACAAGAAAACAUCUGCGAUUUCAGCAAGUUUUAGUUCAAAAAUACUUCAGGUUUUCCCUUGCAUGAUAUCACAACAAAUGCAAUUUUGGCACUAGCGGAAAAAUCAAGAAGGAACCGAAAAUUGAAAAUCAGGACUCAGAGGAGCAUGUAUGUAUACAAGCACUGCUCUCAAACACUUGAUUGAUUGAUCCUCUCACUUUACUCAAGUUGUGUUGUGUUCAAGUCUACACACUGUGAAACGUCUUACUUUUUUUCAGUAAUCCACUUUUUUCUCAAUAGAUUUGAAUAGAAGGCUUUGGUAAGCUAUCGAUAAAUUUUCACAGAAUACCCCCCUUCAAACAAAUGCCGUCAGCGCUAUCAAAAAUGCAUUGGGAAACAAGAGACAUAUUAACAAUGUUUCUGAAAAACAGAAAAAUUUGCAAAGACACUGUCGAAUGGAAUAUCACUUUUAAUGGACACUAAUGUACAGAAAUGUCACAACAUACUACUCAAUCGGAAAAUAUAUCUGCAGCACACCAUCAGAAAUGGUAACUCGACACAAUUCCGACGCGAUCAGUUCCGUUUUAUUAAUUUAUCUGCAAAUUGUCUCCUGAGCUUAAUGGUUGAUAAAGUGACAACUACAGUAAAUUAUUUUCGGGACUUACUGCUGUCGAUCAUGCAACUCAGUGGAUCUGGAAUCACAAAGGAAGAAUUCACGAAGCGUUAAGCACUGAACGUGACAUGGAAAUUCGCACAUGUUGAAUUCAUAUUUAAGAAAAGAUUUUGCCAAUUACAAAUUCAGUGCAUGUAUUUUACAAAAGCAGUCGCUGUGGGCUUUAUUCUAAUUUAACUGAUGUUUUAAAGGAAACAACACAGGGCAAAAAAGAUUUUCUGAUGGUAUAAAGCUGGUAGUCUUACGGUGCUGUAAUUUUGAGAAUGAAGUCAAGCAGAGGGGAGGUUCAAGAUUUUUGUGAAUGCUAUCUGGUUUGUGCAAUGAUAUUCUUGAGUGAAUCAAACGUUUUACGACUUGUUUAAUUUUUGUAAAAUACAAAGUAAUAAUAAUUGCCUGAUAAAUGUAAUAGCUGCACAAAUUGCAUAGUAGGGCUAGAAUAUUGAAUUUUAACAAUAUGCAACCAUAGUGCGCUUGGACGAAGUUUAAUCAGCUUAUACACCAUGGGAUCGAAACAGCGACGAAUGCUACAAGAGGUGGGAAGUUUCGCAGGGCUGUUGAAUAUUUUAAUUUUGCUGUAUAACAGAAAGCAAUGACAGGUCUGGUAGGGACAAGUAACAUCACAUAAAAACAGUUUGUGGGAUUUCCACGACCUGUCUUGUUCAUAUUUGCAGAUAUCAAGAGCAAACAUGUAAGACGUACUUAUUUGUAAAGUUUUUCAUUCGAAGUACAAGUGCUUGUUUCUUAUGUGUUUGUCUAAGACAAUUGUGAAGGGAUGGUUUGUAGAGAAUGAAUGGAUGCGUACGUUCCCACAACUUAACACUUUUGCAACUGCUGCAAAAGAAGACAUUUAUAGCUUAUUGCUGCGAAUUUGAAAGAGCGCGCAUGUUAUUAAUAGAAAAAAAUGUGUCAUGUUGGACACGCUGCAUGAGCUAAAAGUGUGCGGCGUAACAUUUUAUGCAUAUUCAUGUCUUUAAUUAAAAUGUUGGGAAGCUUUCAUUUUCUGACUGUUUAGCUUCUAACCGAAAAUAAAGUUAUAUUGCGAGGGCGAAGGAAGCAUUGAAAAUUGGAUUUUCAGUGUUGGUAAAAUAAUGUUGGAAGUCAGUGAUAGAGUUUGUAAUAUACGUGUACUCUUUGGCAAACUUAAUGAAGAGACAGAGACGAUGCUGUCUGUGCCCAAAGUCAAUUAUCAUGACACCUUUUCGUCAUUCUUAAAACAAAAAAUUAAAAGGAGUUGUACAAACCACAGUCUAGAUAGACAGGAAGUAGCUUUGGUAGGACGUUCAACGGCCUUCGUAACAUUUGUAAUAAAGCAUUUCUUUCACAGCUAGCUGAAUGAAUUUGAAA